CGUCGCGGCAGUGAGGUCGCGCCCGUUCGCACCGCCCCCGCCCGCAAGAAAGAUGGCAGCGGCCUGAGCCAGGCCCGUUGGCGGCGUCACGGGCGCUUCGCUCCGCUCCUCGGAUCCCGGGUGCGGGGAGGCAGGCCGACCGUGAGCUGCUCGCCCUGUGGGCUUCCACAGCCUGUGGCUGUUGUGGGGACACAGCCCUCUUCAGUGCCUGGAGCUUGGACUGGAGCCAGACCUCACAUCCUCCUCUGCCCCUGCCCCUGCCCCUCCCAGCACCCGGCCCUGGGUGGCGAUGGCGUCCAGGUGGGGUCCCCUGGUGGGCCUGGCUCCGCGCUGCCUCUGGCUCCUGGGGGCGGUCCUUCUGAUGGACGCGUCUGCGAGACCCGCCAACCACACGUCCACUCGGGAUAGAGCGGCCAACAGGGAGGAGAAUGAGAUUCUGCCCCCGGACCACCUGAACGGCGUGAAGCUGGAGAUGGACGGGCACCUCAACCGGGACUUCCACCAAGAGGUCUUCCUGGGCAAAGACCUGGGGGGCUUCGACGAGGACACGGAGCCACGGCGGAGCCGGAGGAAGCUGAUGGUCAUCUUUUCCAAGGUAGAUGUGAACAGCGACCGGAAGAUCAGCGCCAAGGAGAUGCAGCGCUGGAUCAUGGAGAAGACGGCCGAGCACUUCCAGGAGGCCAUGGAGGAGAGCAAGAUGCACUUCCGAGCCGUGGACCCCGACGGGGACGGCCACGUGUCAUGGGACGAGUACAAAGUGAGGUUUUUGGCGAGUAAAGGUCACAGCGAGAAGGAGGUCGCCGACGCCAUCAGACUCAACGAGGAGCUCAAAGUGGACGAGGAAACACAGGAAGUCCUGGAGAACUUGAAGGACCGCUGGUACCAGGCGGACAGCCCCCCCGCGGACCUGCUGCUGACGGAGCCAGAGUUCCUGUCAUUCCUCCACCCAGAGCACAGCCGGGGCAUGCUCAGGUUCAUGGUGAAGGAGAUCGUCCGGGACCUGGAUCAGGAUGGCGACAAGCAGCUCUCUCUGCCCGAGUUCAUCUCCCUGCCCGUGGGCACUGUGGAGAACCAGCAGGGCCAGGACAUGGACGACAACUGGGUGAGAGACAGAAAGAAGGAGUUUGAAGAGCUCAUCGACUCUGACCACGACGGCAUCGUGACCGCGGAGGAGCUGGAGGUGAGUCCUGUGCAGCCGUCCCCAGCCGGCCUGCAGGCUGUGCACCUGGGACAGGAGGCCGUGCUGGAGGCCGUGCGGAGGCUCUGUGGAGGCUGUGCUGGUGGCCGUGCGGAGGCUCUGUGGAGGCCGUGCUGGAGGCUGUGUGGAGGCCGUGCUGUAGGCUGUGCGGAGGCCGUGCUGGAGAGGCCUUGA